AUGUCCUGUGUCACUGCUUCCAUGACUCUGGAAGUUCCUCCGCCCGCAAGCCGGGCUUCGAGUACGUCUCGCGAGAGUUACGAUACAUCUACCCUGCUCCAGCGCGGGCGACGGCAUUCCUACGAUACCUUCAGACCUCGGUCUGUCAGCUUGUGCAAUGCAGAUGCUGUGUUUGUGAGGGUCGACAUCUUCUUGAACGAAUUGAAGAGGCGACUCGACCGCCUAGAAAAGUACACCCAUGAGAGUCGCCUCCAAUUCGAUGCUCAGCUUGAGCGCGGAUACCAUGCUCUGCGGGAUGUGCGAGAUUCAUGCUCCUCAUUCCCUUCGAGCGACCUUCUGUGGGGAGCUGCUCGUCACCGAGCUGCCAUACUGGUCGAAACACUGGACACCAAAUACAACGAGCUGAUGCCCACUCGAGAAACAUUCGAGCAGAAAGCCCAAGCUUCGGUGAAGGUCAUGGAGACAUAUCUUUCCGAACUCGAGGCCCGCACUCACGCAGGCCGUAACGGCAAGCAUCUCAUAGCCACCACACGUGAAAUCUUGGAAGAUGGCUACGACAAAGCUAAGCAUGCCCGCGACCUGCUCGCUGACAACAUUGCAUACGCCCUGUCCCGAGCACGUGAAACUCGCCUCAUUACCUACGAAGACCUUCCCCAUCCCUGGCGAGGUAACCCACAUAUUCUGAAGGGCUACCGCUUCAAUGAAACGUCCCUCGACUGUAUCAUCAGUGUUUUCCGUCCUUCCAACGAGACUAUCAACAUCUGGUCCCACUUGAUCGGCUUCUUCAUAGUCCUAGGGCUGGCCCUUUAUUUUUACCCCGCCACCACAAUCUAUCCUCUCUCCACCAAAUGGGACAUCCUCAUCGCGGGCUGUUUCUUUGCUGCCGCCUGCAAGUGUUUGAUCUGCAGCACCAUGUGGCACACCAUGAACAGCAUUGCCGACAAAUGCAUUCUCGAUCGCUUCGCAUGCGUCGACUACUCCGGCAUUGCGCUGCUCGUCGCGGCAUCAAUAUUGUCUACCGAAUGGACGGCCUUUUAUUGCGAGCCCGUCUCUCGUGCGGUGUAUAUGUCCCUAACAAUAGCACUCGGCGUUGCCGGCUCUAUUCUGCCCUGGCGAGAGAGUUUCAAUCGCAAUGACAUGGCCUGGUUUCGUGUACUGUUCUACGUAACGCUCGCAUGUACUGGCUUCGCGCCAGUCAUCCAGUUGAAUUACACACGGGGGCCAGAAUGGACGUUCUACUUCUACGCGCCGAUCGCCAAGAGCGUUAUGGUGUAUCUGACAGGUGCAAUCAUCUAUGCAUCCCAGGUCCCGGAGAAGUGGUGGCCCGGAAAGUUUGAUUAUGCUGGAGCGAGCCAUAACAUCUGGCAUCUCGCAGUAUUGGGAGGGAUAUUGUUCCACUAUACGGCAAUGCAAGAAUUCUUUCAGGGGGCUUUCGCUAGAAGACAAGAAGAUGGCUGCUGUUUGUCAUGA